AAUGGGAAGUGUCUUUUUCUGUGUAGCUGGAAGCCCAGACCUUACUUCAAACGGAAUCGUAUUUAGUCAGCUGUGGUAGGUGUGGACCUGCCCUUUAGUUGUCCCAGCGUCCUUGUAGCAUCUCUUCUCGACCAUUGUCGUGGCCACGGAGAAUGUGUGGCAGUCGGAAUAACGGGGAUUGUUGUUGUUCGGUCGCUGAAGACAUUCUCUUUGGCUGGGUAUAAUGCACUUAGGCUGGCUUGGAUAUGGAGCGGCAGGGUGACAGCCGGCGCCUCUCCAACUAUACACAGAUACCAAAAUAGGACAGCGGUGCAAACCUUUAGGGCUAAUUUGAGGUUCACGAGUGUAGGCUACUGAACUGCGGCUCAGACAACAGGACACGAGCGUCCUUCAGCUCCUUUUUCAAGGCUCGCGGCGUCCGUUAAUGUCCCAUUGAGGCGCCAUGUCAGACGAGGGAAAAGACGACUACAUCUAUGACUUCUGUGACAUCCCCCAUCCCACAUAUUUACUGGACUCUCUCAAAGACUUCUAUGCCAAUGGCUUUUUCACAGACAUCACCCUACAGUGUGCCACAGGACAGGUCUUUAACUGUCACAAGGUAGCGCUCUCAGCUUGCAGCUCCUAUUUUAAAGUCAUGUUCACAGCUGACAUGAAGGAGAGGUCAAACAACCUCAUCAAGCUGACUGGAAUUGACGUUGAAGUUUUGGCGGCUUUGGUGGACUACGUCUACACGUCAAGGGUGAGCAUCACCCAGAGCAACGUACAAAGUCUGCUGGAGGCGGCUGACCUUCUGCAGUUCAGCCCUGUCAAACAGGCUUGUGAGGACUUUCUCAUUCGCUUCUUGGAUGUGGACAACUGCCUGGGCAUGCACUGUUUCGCUGAGCUGCACGUUUGCCCCGCCCUGGAGCGCGAGGCGCGCAGGGUCAUGCUCAGUCGCUUUGAGGAGCUCAUUCAGCAGGAGGAGUUUCUGGAGGUGGAUUGUGGGAAACUCAAAUCGGUGUUGUCGGCUGACAACCUCAACGUGUGGAAGGAUAGUGUGCUUCUGGACGCAGUGGUCAAAUGGGUUACCCAUGACUUGGAUUCCCGUGUUGAUCACGUGCAGGACCUGCUCCAUUGUAUCCACAUGGACCUUGAUGAGAUGUACUUCAACACAGCUCUGGACGAACAGAGACAAGGCUUACUGGGGAACGAGAGAAAAGUGAGAUCUCUGAUUGUCCACUCCUUGAAGUCUACCUGCAAGGAGACUUCUGCAAACUGCAGAAAACGCUCGUCCAGCAUGUAUGUCAUCGGAGGGUACUACUGGCAUCCGCUGUCUGAGGUCCACAUUUGGGAUCCAAUCAGCAACACAUGGGUGCAGGGCAAGGAUAUGCCGGACCAUACGAGAGAAAGCUAUGGUGUCACCUUACUGGGGGCGAAUAUCUACGUGACAGGAGGUUACAGGACAGACAACAUCGAGGCCCUGGACACAGUGUGGAUAUAUGACUGUGACGGUGACGCAUGGACAGAGGGCUGUCCCAUGCUCACUGCCAGAUACUACCACUGCUCCGUCACCUUGCAUGGCUGUAUUUAUGCCAUCGGCGGGUACAGAGGGGGAGCACCAGAAGAGGAGACAGAGUUUUAUGAUCCUUUGAAGAGAAAGUGGUUCCCUGUUGCUAAUAUGAUCCAAGGUGUGGGGAAUGCCACAGCUUGUGUAAAAAGUGACACAAUCUAUGUGACUGGAGGCCACUAUGGGUCCAGAGGAAGCUGUACCUACGAAAAGAUUCAGACCUACAGACCGGACAUUAAUGAGUGGAACAUUCUCACCAUAAGUCCUCAUCCAGAGUAUGGGCUGUGCUCGGUGUCUCUCAACAACAAACUGUACCUGGUGGGCGGGCAGACGACCAUCACAGACAGCUAUGACUUUGACAGUAACGACUGGAGGCAGAUGUCUGUGAUGAAGGAGAGGAGGAUGGAGUGCGGGGCGGCAGUAAUAAACGGAUCCAUCUACGUGACAGGCGGCUAUUCUUACUCAAAGGGGACUUAUCUGCAAAGCAUAGAAAAGUAUGACCCUGAACUGGACACCUGGGAGAUUGUCGGAAACCUCCCCAGCGCAGCACGAUCACAUGGUUGUGUUUGUGUUUACAGUGUAUAGUGUCAGUUUGUUUUAUUGGUAAGUGCCUUUCCCUGUGCCAAAUUUGGUAACAUGAGCAUGCCUUCUAGCCUAAGUGUCAUAUAGUUCAAAAGCACAAUUUGGAAGGUAUUUAAAAACGAAUAUAAUGUCUCGUGACGAGACAUCUGUGUGUUUGUUCUAAAAUUUAAACAUACUUCCUAAUAUUUCGUAUUAUAUUGCCAAAAAAUGACCAUUCGGGGAAACAUUUUACACGGAUAUCAAAGUACUAAACAACCUUCAACUAAGCAUCGUUUUAUGCAUUGGGAAAAUAGAUUCAGAGUUUGAUCUGUACAUU